AAUUAGUUUUAAAUAAACGCUGGUGCACGCAAGUUCGAUUUUACCGAUAGUUUGAAGAAAGUUGAAAGAAAACAAAAACAAAUACAAUUUAGUGAAGUCAACAAAAUUUCAAAAUUGCAAAAUGGUGGCUUUGAGUAAAUUCAUUAAAUAUUUAAUUGAUAACGAUGUCAAAUGUAGCGGUAUUUUUCACGAUCACUCUUGUAAACGGAAUGCAUUACUCAACACAUAUAAAUUUAUGUUCUCGAAUAUGAAAUAUUUCGCGCCUGUUAUUGGUUUACCCUUACUCAUGCGCAUACGGUCACUCAACAGGAAGCUGCUGCAGUCGACGCUCAUAUAUUAUGUGGAGGCAGUGUUGGCCGCCACGGCCGUCGGCUGGUCGAUCCAAAUCAUUAUUUGUUUUUUGCGACAUUUAUUGGGUAAAUUCACCUAUUUAACCUUUAUAUUGUUGCCGACUUUCAUCGGCAGCUUUUGUACAUUCAUGGUUCCAAGUCCACGAGUUCAUAGCCUGUUCUCGACCACCAUAUUUCAGUGUACACUCGAAUCCUUGAUUAUGUUAGAGAAUACUGCACUCACGAAACUAAUCGCCAAUUCCUCAUUGAUACGCACAUUCAUAUUUAUGUGUUGUAGUGCCUUGAUAUUGAACGCCAAACGGAAAAAAACGUACAAAGGCUUUUGGUUGAUGGAACCUACACCCUACAAUGCCACAGCAGUGGAACAAACGGGAGAGAAUGAUGACAAUGCAACGUGCAACAGUUCAUGCAACCACAAAGACCAAUCAUGUCAGCAAUAUGCGCUACAAGGUAUUCGAAAUUUUAUGCUCACCGGACUGGGAUUGGACGCCAUCAAAAUGCUGAUGAGCAAUGUGCCAUCAAAUGUGAACGGGUUCAUGGCGAAACUCUGCGUCAAAUUGAAGGCUUUCAAAUUACGCUCCUUUGCAAUACUCACCUCAUACGUCGCUAUUUACAGGCUUCUGCAUUGUUACUUUAAUCGCAAUUUCGGUGGCGACUCACCGCUGAACCACAGCGUGGCGGCUUUUCUAAGUGGUUCCGGCUUCAUAUUUUUCCCAAAGUUAACACUGCUCAGCUAUGCGAUGGUCGGGAGCUUACAAAUUAGCUGGCAGUAUGUUACAACUUACUUGACUGAAGAGCGUUUUGGCGACACCUAUGAGUGGGUCAAACGUUUGCCCUGCAGAAUGAUGUUUUAUCCAAUAGCGCUCGCGUAUUUGGUAAAUGCUUAUGUCAUUAACAAAAACUCUGUCAGCAAGCUUGGUGGGAUGGUCAUAAACGGCAUCACAAAUAACUAUGUGAGAACCACCCAUGCAAGCGUUGAGAUAGUCGAGCACAUUCUGGCACGGUGUUCACCAGCUUUGUAAGGCUCUAAAUCAAGUUGACCAAUAAAAAUGUAAAAAAGUGCUUUUCCAAUGAGUUAUAUCAACAAUUUUUAUCAUACCACAUGUAAGUUAAAAUAAAUUUUGGCCCACUUAAUUGAACUGAAAAA